AAGGUUCAAAACAGAAUUAGAAUUUGUCCUGGAGUGAAGCCGCUUUCAAUAAGAUUUGCAUACAGAUCCAAGGACUUGAAUUCUCAUGUGAAGCAGGAUUUAGAAUAAUUGACUUAACAAACGAUUUUUUUACAUCAUAAAAUCUACUUUGAAAACCUUUUGGCGAAAAGCUUUUGGAAAUCAUAACGUAAAAUUUACUUUUGAUCAUGUUUUAUCGAGCUUCCCCUGUAACUGAAAUUAUUGAUCAUUUUAUUGGCUCUGAUUUUGUCUAUUCCUUCCUUCCUUCGUGUAAACAUUUGAACUUAGAAACAGAGUUACUUUGACCAACGAUUUUUGUUUUGUUUGAGCCUUAUUUGGAUACCCAAUUUGGACAAAAAAUCUCCAACCUUUACCGGAUACGUAAGAAAAUUAAUCGAUCAUUUUUUGGGUUCUGUUGCCUUGAACCAUCGAGUCAGAAUUAAUGUAAAAAACAGUAGCAGCUUUUCUUUGAUUGACAUCCACUACAUCUAGCUUUCUUCACUCUAAAAUGAAGUGUAGGUCGCACAAGAUUGACAACUGCUAUAAGCUUUCACUGAGUCAAUCAGUUAUGCAUCCAUUCAGACCUUCUUUCGCACUUGCCCUAUUUUUUCGGGAAAAACGUUUAAAUAUCUACUCUUGCUACCUUUACUUUAAAGAGGUUCCUCCAUCAGUUCUUCCUUUUAAUUUGAUCUCCCUCUGUGUUCCUUCUCCUUGCUGCGAGCGGGCUCCUCCCUUGAUUCAGUGUACAAUCCAUGCAUCGAGUCCACUCAUCUUUCUUCAAGGAAAUCAGAUAAAUAAAUGAAUAAAUAAACAAUUGCCUAUGCAGUAUUAUUCAUGUCAUUUCUUGAGUUAUCAUUUACAUAAAAAGCUGGUAGUAGAGGGAAGAAGAGAGACCUGUAUUUUCUACAACAUUUCUUUUUAAUGUCACUGGCACAUAUUUUAGUAAUUUUUAAUUAUUCCUGUUUAAUUAAUGAAAGGAACUUAACUAUCUCACAAUACAACAACUAAAGUACAUUGUAAAAAAAAAGCAAUUCCAUUAAGAGAACAGGUCACAUGCUAACUUAUAAGAAUAGUCGCUUUAAAAAAUGCAGAAGAGCAAGUACGAAAUAGAGAGGCAAUAAAAGGCGAUUAAAACAAAAAUUUGACCCUGAUGUUCCAUAAAUAGUUUGAAGUUACAGCACAGAGUUCAUUAGAACUACGCAACGUUGUUUGUGUACAAGUAGUGUGGUAGUGGUAAGUCUGUAGUCAAUAAAGUUGAUGUGGUCACUGUAAUCUGUGACGUCAAUGUAGUCAGUAAAGUCAGUGUAGUUGGUGUUGACGGUGUAGUCGGUUGCGACGGUUUAGUCUGUGUUGACAGUUUAGUCGUUGUCGACGGUUUAGUCGGUGUCGACCGUGUAGUCACAGUAGUCUGUGUAGUCACCCCAGUCUGUGUAGUUGGUGUCUGUAGACAGUGUAGCCACUGUAUUCAGUGUAGUCACUGUAGUUAGUGCAUUUGAUGCAGUCACUGGCUAGGCAGCGUAGUCUUGUAGUCACUGUAGUCACUGUUAGGGUUAGGGUAGAAGUAACGGUUUACAAUCAAAAAUCACUGUAUUUGAUUGCUGUAUCGGUGAUACAUAAUUGUAGUUUAAAUUUAGGGUUUUCCCACUGCUAUACAACUCUAGGGUAGAGGUUUAUAGCAGUGCCCCUAAUCUGGUCAGUUCAAGCACAAGCUUUUUUCUUAACUGUAAAGGCACAAAGUAACUGGGUUACAAUUUAAGUACAAUGCAGGACUCAUAAACUCUGCGUACAAUGCCAACUAAGUUCUAAUAACAUACACUGUGACCUCUAGAGCCUAUUACUGUUGUAAAAGCAUGAAAGCUGUUGUAUAUUACAAAUGGUACAGAAAAACAUUAUACAGUAUUGAAAAUCAUUGUUAGAUUUGUUGUUGCUGUUUUUCAGAAAAAUAAUUCGAAGAGUGCAACAGAGAAGUAUGAAUGCCCAUUAAUCGAGAUCAACAGAUAUCUACAAAUCUAAACACACACAAGUCUACAAAUCUAAACACACACAAACACUUUUUAAGCUUCCAGAUAUUCCAGACAAUUUCAUGAACUCUAGGUAGCGCAAAAUUGGGGUUCUCCCCACUUUUAUGUCCUUUGUACUCACUUUCAAAAUUUAGUUGUUUCUUUAUCCAUAAAUUAAUGUUCCUAUUGAUCACAUUUUUGUUUAUUUCACUCUUUAACUUAAAACGAUUUGAGAGGAACACCAAUAAGAUGAGUAAUAAAAACUUGUUAAAUUUACUUUUGCCAGAAAAUCCAUUAGUCAUCUUUAUUUAAAAAAAAGGUGUUUCCUCAUUGGUCGCAGAAAAAAAAAUUCCACAUCAUUGUUUAUCAUUACUUUCCUUGGUUUCACCGUUAGGGUAUCCAACCAAUUGGCUUUUAGGGUUAGGAGAGCUGUUACAUGUCCUUUUACUUCUGUGGAUCAACACUAUCACUUACAAUAAUGGUAUCAAACUGCGAAGAGCAUGAAAAAAAUGUCCCUUUUUAAACAAGGUUUAAGAGAAAUCGCCAUGGUGACAAUGGUCACCUUAAUUUUCUGACUUUUACCGUGGCUCUAAACCUGGUUUCACAAUAUUUUGUAUUCUUAGUUCAUCACUUGGGCAUGUUUAGUCACAUACAAUACAUGCAGUCAUGAAGCUUAAUUUUUAGUAAAUGUUCAAAAUACUUUAAGUGUUUCAAACUGUUACCGACCACCUUAGAGGAAAAAAGAAAGUUAUGAUGCUGAUCUCUUUGAUUCCAGAUUGUAAAUAGUGUGUCAUGUUUCGGGACCAAAAUAUUGGAUACUCCGUCAUGCCAGUUGCUCAGGUAUAGCUGUCAACAAGAGCUCACCAAGAGAGCCAGUGCCAAAAGCUAAACUUGAGUCUGUUCUUUUCAUGUACCAUACAGAAUCCAGCUGGUGAUUGAUUCUUUAAGCAAGAAGCUGAUUGGAUGAUUUAUCUGACCUUUGUUGUGAGAGGACAACUUGAUCCUGUUUAAGCAUUAAGGUCAUGCGUUGGAGAUUAGCCUAAAAUUCUGAUUAGAUUUGUUGUUGCCGUUGUUCAGUUAAAUUUUUUGAAGAGUGCAACAGAAAAGUAUGAGUACCCAUUAAUUGAGAUCAACAAAUAUCUAAAAUUGCAAAUCCAAAUGCCAAAAAAGAAACUUUUUAAGUUCUUAAGCUUCCUGAUAUUCCACACAAUUAUAUAACAUAUGAACUCUAGGUAGCCCUCACUUUCAAAAUUUAGUUUUUUUUUUUCAUAAGAGUUCCUUUUGAACACAUUUUUUCUCAUUUCACUAUUUAACUUGGAUCGAUUUGAGAGGAACACCAAUGACUAAAACAACUUGUUAAACCUAAUUUUGCCAGAAAAUCUAUUAAUACUAACAAAAUGAUAAUAAUAUCAAUAAUAAUAACAGCACCUUAUCACAUUAUAGAACAGUUUCAAAAAGAAAAUUUCAGACCAUAGCUUUUUCAACUACCAUCUUAAAUAUCCUGUUAUGCAAAAUCCAGUGGAUUCACAAGGUUCUAUUUUUAAAACAAGUCCCUAUCAAGCUGAAACUGAACUUGACGUAAAAGAAACAUUGUUUGAAAUCUACGAGGGCUUGGUUGUCUUGGAUUUUAAAUGUGAUAAAGUCAACUGGCAAUAAGAGCUUCUACUUGAGUUUAAUCUACAAUGAAAGCUACAAGUAAGCAGCAUUCUUGUUGGAAUUUAAGCUAGCUUAUAUCAAUCCUCAUUUUCUCUAUCAUUUUAGCACUUUUACUAAGUAAUGUAGGAGCUGCUCGUAAGGUAUUUACUCACUGGUCACAGAAAAACAAAACCACAUCAUUAUUUAUCAUUACUUUCCAUUGUUUCACCGUUAGGGAAUCAAACAGAUUGGCUUUUAGGGUUAGGAGAGCUGUUACAUGCCCUUUUACUUCAAUGGAUCAACACUAUCACAAUACAAUAAUGUUAUCAAAAAUAUAUUUGAUGAUGAGGAUUAAAGGUGAUGUUUCUUUUCAGAGACAGGAUAUCUCAACUCAACAUAGCAUACCUCAUAAUGACAGAUUGCAAAAAGCAAGAAAAAAUAUCCCUUUUUAAACACGUUUUAAGACAAAUCGCCAUGGUGAGUUUAAAGUCACCUUAAUUUUCCGACUUAAGGUGGCUCUGAACCUGGUUUCACAUUAUUUUGUAUUCUAUGUUCUUCUUUUGGGCAUGUUUAAACACAUACAAUACAUGCAGUCAUCAAGCUUAAUUUUUAGAAAAUGUUCAAAAUACUUUACCUGUUCAAAACUGUUGCCGACCACCUUAGAGCAAAAAAUAAAGUUAUGACUCUGAUCUAUUUGAUUCCAGAUUGUAAAUAGUGUGUCAUGUUUAAGUUCUAAGGAGAACGUACACUGUAACAAUUCUUAGCUAUGACUACAACACUGGUUUCAGGACCAAAAUAUUUACUUAGCAAACCAAAAUACCAAAAUAAUUACUUAGGUAUAGCUGUCAACAAGAGCUCAACAAGAGAGCCAGUGCCAUAAACUAAACUUGACUCUGUUCUUUUCAUGUAGUAUACAGAAUCCAGCUAGUGAUUGGUUCUUUAAGCAAGAAGCUGAUUGGAUGAUUUAUCUAACUUUUGUCGUAGGAGGACAACUUGAUCCUGUUUAAGCGUUUAGGUCAUGCAUUAGAAAUCCAGUGUGGAAGAUCAGCCAAAAAUUCUGAUUAAAUUUGUUGUUGCUGUUGUUCAGAAAAAUAAUUCGAAUAGUGUGCAACAGACAAGUAUGAAUACCGCCAUUAAUCAAGAUCAACAAAUAUCUAAGUUUGCAAAUCCAAACACACACAAAAGAAACUUUUGAAGCUUCCAGAUAUUCCAGACAAUUAUAUAACAUAUGAACUCUAGGUAGCUCCAGCCCCUUUUGUUCUCACUUUCAAAAUUUAGUUGUUGAUGUUGUUGUUGUUUUUUUUUUCGCAAAUGUUCCUAUUGAUCUUAUUUUUUUUUGUUUCACUCGUUAACUUGGAUCGAUUUGAGAGGAACACCAAUGAGUAGUGACAACUUGUUAAAACUAAUUUUGCCAGAAAAUCUAUUAGCCAUCUUCAUUCAAAAAAACAAAUUGUUACAAAUACUGAAUUCAUAAUAGUAAUGAUAACAAAAUGAUAAUAAUAUCAAUAAUAGUAACAGCACCUUAUAGCACAGUUUUAAAAAGAAAAUUUCUGACUACGGCUUUUUCAACCACCAUCUUAACCUGUUAUGCAAAGUCCAGUGAAUUCACCAGGUUCUAUUUUUAAAACAAGUCCCUAUCAAGCUCAAACUUGAUGUAAAAGAUACAUUGUUUGAAAAUUAAGAGGGCUUGGUUGUCUUGGAUUUUAAAUGUGGAUUAAGUCCACUGGCAAUAAGAGCUUCUACUUGAGUUUAAUCUACAAUGAAAGCUACGAGUAAGCAACAGUCUUGUUGUAAUUUUAGCUGGCUUAUAUUGAUCCACGUUUUCUCUAUCUUUUUAGCACUUUUACUCAGUAAUAUAGGAGCAGUUGUAAGGUGCUUCCUCAUUAGUCGCAGAAAAACAAAACCACAUCAUUGUUUAUCAUUACUUUCCAUUGUUGCACCGUUAGGGGAUCCAACCAAUUGGCUUUCAGGGUUAGGAGAGCUGCUACACGCCCUUUUACUUCAAUGGAUCAACACUAUCACAAUACAAUAAUAGUAUCAAAAAUAUAUUUGAUGAUGAAGAUCAUUGCCUAUUUCUAUGGUGAUGUUUUCUUUUUAAAUAACCUUUUAACUUAGGUUUUAAAAGAAAUCGUCAUAGUGGGUUCAAACUUCAGUGUCAACUUGAUUUUCUGACACUUACGGUGGCUCUGAACCAGGUUUCACAUUAUUUUGUAUUCUUAGUUCAUCUUUUGGGCAUGUUGCUUCACAUUAUAAAACAUGUAGUCAUCAAGCUUAAUUUUUAGAAAAUGUGCAAAACACUUAAGUAUUCAAAACUGUUGCCGACCACCUUAGAGCAAAACAGAAAGUUAUGAAGAUCCAUGUGAUCAGACGUACAAAUCGAGACAAGAGCACAAAACAAAUUUAAAUGAAUCGAGGAUAACAACUGCUUUUGGCUCAGCUGUACAAACACAUCAUAAUCAAGUGAAAAGCACAUUCACAAUUCAGUUCGUUCAUGGGUCAUAUCCUGUUGCAUAACACAAGUCAUUAUUUUUUUUUAAUAGUCAAAGAAUAGCCCCACUUAUAAUUGUGCAUAGCAUAGUAAAGUAUUUUGAAAUUGAAUAACUUGUUCUUGGUUUUGUUGUUGUUCACCAUAUGUCAAAGGAUUAUACCGGCCAGCAUACAGGAUACUUUGUACACAAGAACAGACACUACUCCCCCAAAGGACUUGUGUUAGGAAUGUGAUCUUAGCUUCCAUUUCCAGAAAAUCAGUUAUAUCCGUUUGAAAUAAAAAUGACUGUAGUCACUGACUUAAGUAGCAAUAACCUCCAAAUAAAAAAAAUCACAUUUGCUGGCCAAAAGAGAUAAAAGAGACAAAACAACAUUAUACCUAAGAAUGCCUUAAUUAAACCCUUUAACCCACUCGCCCCUGAACCGCCCGUAACCGCCGGUGCGGAUCCAGGUCCUUUCUACCCAUUGUGACGUCAUCAGUUUUAACGGUCAAGGACAACUUUCUUCCCUAACUUGUGCAGAGUGAAGAGAUCUUUCAAACCAUACCAGAAUGAGCACACCGGAGAAACUUAGUCAAGCACACCGGAGAAACAAGCAAAAAAUCACCUGACAUUGACCUGAAAAUCUCCAUGAAAAUCUUGUUCCAUUACCCACCUACCUUUCCUUUCACCUAAUCCUAAGAUCCUAAAAGCUUUCCUAAAAACUCUUCCCACCAAAACGAAGCCUACUAAAUGCCCAGCAAGAGAAAAAAAAAUGAGGCAAGAAAAGCGAAAAAAGAAGGGAGGAGAGAAAGCGAAAAGUAAAAGUCCAGACUGCUGUGUCACUUUUAAACCCAAUCUCGAAAUUUUGCUUUCUGCGCAUGCCCGAACUUCGCAAGCUGAUAUUUUGCAUCUGGAUCAGAAGGCCGCGAAGUGUUCGACUUGUAAACCAGUUUGUGGUAAGUUUUAGCUCUUUAUAGCACGACAGUGACCAGAAAACCACUCGACUAGCUUCAAAACGCGUUUUUCGGCAAAAUCUCCAGGAGCGAAUGGGUUAAGCCACAAUAUCCAUGUGCGAAUUCUCCCAAGUGAUCUAAGAGAAUUUGAUAAAAGAUCAAAGCAUGUCCUCCUUUGUGAUGAUUUUAUUAAUUCUCUUAACCUAUAUUCUUGAUUAAUGUUUGAAAAUGUUAGGAGAAACUUGAUGUUAGUCACUAUUGUGAAAAGAGGCCAGACACACUGAGGGAGCAGAGCCUGAGUGAAGAAGGUGGCAUUAUCUCUUUGCUUUUUAAGCAGUCAAAAGCAAAAAAACAGAUACAAUUCAAUUCGUAAACUAGGAUAGUUUUUAAGUCUCUCGUUAAUUUAAUAUACAUACUUUAUGCCCUAUUUAUUUUGUUACGUAGGUAAAUGGCAACUGAUUGCUGAUGUGGAAUCAGUGCAUGUCAUUUUGCAUGUCUGAUAUUUCCAUAGUCUACAACGGCUUGUUUUUUUAUCUAGAACAAUCACCAAACAUGUGUUUUAAGCUUAUUUCACACAAAAACAACAAAUGAAAAAUUUUAACAUGUUUGACCAAAAUCAUGGACUAACCCCUCAGGAAAUAUCCAAUUUGGCAGGUAGGAAAUAUUAAUAUUUUAUAGUCUAGAAAAGCUUGUUUUCUGUCUAGAACAUCACCAAAAAUUUUUUCUGAGCUAUUUUUUGCAUGAAAAAAAAAACGGAAAAAAUUUAAAAAUUUGACCAAAAUCAUGGACCAGCCCCUCGGCAAACAUCUAAUUUGGCGGCUAGGUAAAAUUGAUAUUUUUAAGGCCUAGAAAGGCUUGUUUUUAUGUAGAACACUAACCAAACAUGCAAUCUAAGCUUAUUUCGCACAAAAAUAAGAAGAGGAAAAUUUUAACAUUAUUUUUUGACCAAAAUCAUGGGCUAUCCCUUAGAAAACAUCCAAUUUGGCAGCUGGGUAAAACUGAUAUUUUUAUAGUUUAGAAAGGCUUUUUUUCAAUCUAGAGCAUCACCAAACAUCUUUCACGAGCUAUUUUUUCCACGAGAAAAAAAAAAUAAAAAAAAUUAAAAAUUUUGACCAAAAUCCUGGACCAGCCCCUCAGGAGACAUCUAAUUUGGUGGCUAGGUAAAAACUGAUAUUUGUGUAGUCUAGAAAGGCUUGUUUUCUAUUUAGAACAUCACCAAACAUGUAGUCUAAGCUUAUUUCCAGACAAAAACAAGAAAUGAAAAUUUUUACAUUUUUGACCAAAAUCAUGGACUAUCCCCUAAGAAAACAUCUGUUCGUGGGUUAUCUUUUAGAGGACAGGUAGCUUGCAAACUAAACUGAACGCAGGGUUGUCGGAACCGCAACAAGAAGAUUUAUUCCAAAAAUGAACGUCGUUUCCACGAAGUACAACUCCACAACAGCACGUAACUUGUUAAACUUACACGGCCUCCACCAACUUGAAUUAACACUCCUUCUGUCACACUUGACUAAACACGACUAACACCAAACUCUCUCGCUUGUGAAAACUAGUUAAAACUUUACUCGGACUAGCCUACUUACAUACUUUCACAAUAACAGUCUAGAACUUUCUAAAUAGUCUAAUUAUAGAAGAUUACAAAAUAUACCGCUUUAGAAACGCUUACACAAGAUCCUAAAAUAAACAAACUAUGAACUCUCGCGAACCUUCUAGAAAGUCACGCUAGUCACGCAAUACAAUUUUUCGUAACAACAUCCAAUAUGGCGGCUGAGUAAAACUGAUAUUUUUAUGGUUCAGACAGUCUUGUUUUCUAUCUAGAAUAUCACCAAACAUCUUUCCUGAGCUAUUUUUUUGAAAAAAAAAAAAAAAAAAAAUGUUAAAAAUUUUCACCAAAAUCUUGGACCAACCCCUCAGGAAACAUCUAAUUUGGCGGCUAGGUAAGAUUGAUAUUUUUAUAGUCUAGAAAAGCUUGUUUUCUAUCUAGAAUAUCACCAAACAUCUUUCCUGAGCUACUUUGACGGAAAAAAAAUGAAAAAUUUUAAAAAUUUUGACCAAAAUCAUGGACAACCUCUCAGGAAACAUCUAAUUUGGUGGCUAGGUAAAAUUGAUAUUUUUAUAAUCUAGAAAAGCUUGUUUUCUAUCUACAACAUCACCAAACAUCUCUUCUUCACAAAGCAAUCUAUGGAACAGCUCCUAAUUAUUUAUCAUCUCUCGUUAAUUUUAAACCUAAUUCUUCCUACAGCCUCAGAUCAAAUAACAAAUAUCUGCUUUCAAAUCCUAACUUUAGGACUCUCCCUACUCUUGGUGACCGAGCCUUUGUAGCCGCCGCACCAAAACUGUGGAAUAAUCUUCUGUUAGAUCUUAGAUGCACCUCCGAUUUUCAAGUUUUUAAACGUAAUUUGAAGACUCACCUUUUUAAAAAAGCCUUUUGUGAUAGAAUGUUGUAAUUAAAUGUUGUAAUUUUUUUUUUUUUUUACGGUAUAGUUUUAGAUCUUUUAUUGUAAGGUAUAUUUUUAGAUCUUUAAUUGUAAGGCGCAUUUGAAAACUGUAUAGUUGAAUUUGCGCGUUAUAAAUAAAUGUUAUUAUUAUUUUUCUUAGCUUUUUUCAGACAAAAACAAGAAAUGAAAAAUUUUAACAUUUUUGACAAAAAUCAUGGAAACAUCCAAUUUAGCGACUGGAUAAAAUUUAUAUUUUGAUAGUUUUAGAAAGACAUGUUUUCUAUCUAUCCAGAACAUCCCAAAAAAUAUUUUCUAAGCAAUUUUUUCGCACAAAAACAAGAAAAACUUUUAAAAUUUUUGACAAAAACCAUGGACUAAACCCUGUCCUUUAGAAAACAUCAGAUUGGCAGCCAGGUAAAAUUGAUAUUUUUAUAUCCUGUCAACAACAUCACCAGACAUGUAUCUUUUCUAACCGUUUUUUUGCACAAAAACAAGAAAUGAAAAAUUUUAUCAUUUUUGACCAAAAUCAUGGACUAACCCCUCAGGGAAUAUCCAAUUUGGCGGCUGGGUGAGAUUGAUGUUUUCAUAGUUUUAGAAAGGCAUGUUUUCUUUCCAUCUAGAACAUCGCCAGGCAUCUUUCCUAAGUUUUUUUCCGCAUAAAAGCAAGAAAUAAAAAGUUUUAAAACAUCAUGGACAAACCCCUUAGAAAACAUCAAAUUUGGCAGCCAGGUAAAAUUGAUUUUUUGUUGUCUAGAAAGGAUGUUUUCUUCCUAUCUAGAACAUCAUUAAAUAUAUUUUCUAGGCACUUUUUCGCACAAAAACAAGAAAAAAAUUAAAAAUGUUUGAAACUAUCACUGACUAAACUCUUAGAAAACAUCAAAUUAGCAGCCAGGUAAAAUUGAUAUUUUUAUGUUCUGAAAAGGCUUGUUUUCUAUCUAGAACACCACCAAACAUCUUUUUUAACCUUUUUUUGCACAAAAACAAGAAAUGAAAAAUUUCAACAUUUUUGACCAAAACUGAUGGACUAACCCCUUAGGAAACAUCCAAUUGGCGACUGGGAAAAAACUGAUAUUUUUAGAGCCUAGAAAGGCUUGUUUUCUGUCUAGAACAUCACCAAACAUCCUAUCUAAGAUUUGUGACUGCAAUAAUAAAAAUGAGGCAGAACAAACGCUCGAUACAGUAAUUCCUUGACCUUGCACGGAAGAAUGUUUUGUAACCUAUUCAGCGCAUUUACCUGCCCCCCUACUUUGCGACACACGGACACAACAUGUACAUCAAAUUUGAGCUUUCUAUCCAACGUUACACCUAGUAAGUUAAUCUCAUUUGACAUGGGUAUCGUUUCGUUAGCACAUUGAAAGUUAAUAUCACAACCUUUUCUGCCCAAAACUAUUGCCUGAUAUUUUUUAGGGUUGGGCAUCGUGCCGUUUUCUUUGAACCAUAGCCUUGCACUUUCUAAGUCCCGAUUAAUUCACACCUUCUACAAUUUGAGGUUCGCUGUGUGAUAGAUAAAUCUUGGUAUCGUCAGCAUAAUUUAACAUUUUGGAAUUCUCAAUCGUGUACACUAAAUCGUUCAUAAAGAUGUUGAACAACAAUGGUCAGAGAAUGCUGCCUUGAGGUACCCCUGCAGACACACCUAUCCAGCUCGAGAAGGUAUUUCCGAGUUUAACCCGUUGAUAUCUCGAUGACAAGUAUAGCUGCGCAAAAGAGAAAUUGAUUUAGCACUAAGUCCAACUAGAUAAUUCCCUAUUUUGGGGUCAGGUUGUUUAUUUCUGUUGGUUUCAUUCAAACAAUUUACAUUAACAGGGAAUCAUGAUGUCACUGACAAUCUCUUCGUUAAGCUGUAAUGUUAUUGCUUUUGUGAUGACACUAAAUGGAAGUGGUGUAUUCUCAUCCAUCUCAUGUAUUGUUCCUCAUAUCCUCCAGUCUUCUGGAGACAGUUUAAGUUGCUAUGUCAUUAGUCAUUGACUGGUUAACCCAUACUGUAGUAAUUUGUUUGCUAAAACUCCUCACAAAUUUGAGUGGUGCGGUGUUCAAUCUACAUGUAUCUGAGAUUGUUAUUUUUUGACACUUUAUUGGGGCAAAACUGUAAUCAGGUUUUAUUAGAAACAGACAUUUGAUUAAAGAAAUAAAAUAACAAAAUAACAAACAUAAAUAAAGAGACAGUUUAAGUCACAUUAUCAUUAGUCUUGACUGGUUAACCCAUAAUGUUAUUACUUGUUUAAGACUGUCAACAAACAUGAGUGGUGUGUUGUAUUGCUUGUCAGGUCGGUCAGUUUAACUCACUCAGUCUAUGAUGUAACUCAAGUGUGUCACUUUGACUCUUUGUGUUGAUAUCCUGCCUGAAAAUUGCAGGAAUUGCACUCCUUCUUGGUAACAUAAUUCCAAUAUAACCAUUCACAAAAAUUAAUUAGGCAAGCAAUUUGUUUAUAAAACAAAGGAUCUAGAUCUAGCUUCUAAUCAUGUUACCUCUGUUUGCAACUGUUUGCUCCAAUAAUUUCCUCCUUGUGCCUUGAUCCUGAGUGAAAGUUCCUUGGUUUCUCCUCCCUGAUUUCCUUCCCAUGCCUUCCAUCACUCAGUAUUCCAUCAAAGAUUCUUUUUAUUGUUCAUCAUCUUUCUGCAAGGAAAUGGGUGUUGGGUUUGAUAAUUAAUCCUUCAAACAAAAUGCAGUGUAGGUUAUAUAAGGUGUGACCACUCUAAAAGUGUGCGCUGCAUAUUGAACAAUCUUGUGCAUUGUUUGUCAUAUCUGUCAGUUUUGCUCAGACAGUGUUGCGAUGUCAUUGGUCCUCUGUUGGUUAGGCCGUAGUGUUAUUGUCCCUGAAGCAAACUAUGGGAGGUGUGUUUCAUCUUAGGUAAUUUUUGUCACAAUUGUCUUUAUAGACAAUGAAAGUUGGCAUGUCCUUGAUCAUCUCUCGGUUAUGCCAUAAUAGGGCCGUUUAAACGACGAAAAAUAGGACGCGUCUUACAUGGAACGCAUCCUAAAUAAGACUCAAACUAUCCCAUAUAAAAUGAAAUGAGUGGUUAAUCUGUCUGGUGUAUUGUUCAUCAUAAUCUGUCAGUUUCCUUUUGACAGUAUACAUUGCAAUGUCAUUGGUCUCCUCUUGGUUUAGCUGUUGUGCCCCAAGUCUGUCACCACUUGUGGGAUAGUGAUUUACAGAUCCACAUUUCAAAGAAUGGAUUGCACCUUAAACUGAAGCAACAUCAACUAUGGAGAACUGCAUUGCAACUCAGUCAAGAUUGUUUAUUCUGAUUAAGCCCUCCAAAAUGAAUACUUUUGAGAUGUAAUAACUUUUGAAUUCACCGAAGUGCCUCCUGGAUCUGAAUGCUUUUGUCAGCAAAUGGGAUGUUCUGUUAUUGCCACAGUGUUUUUUUGUGGGAUAGCGAUUUUCAUUUCAAGAAUGGAUCAGGCAUCCAAGUAUGGAGAACUGCAUUGCAACUCAGUCAAGAUUCUGAUACUAAUGAAAAAAAUAAUUUGGUUUCACCCAUGCAUCCUCUAAAGUUCAUAAUUUUCCACUCCACAGAAGGCCAAACAUUUUAUUGGUCAAUUAUGACAGCCGUUGACAGCAUCAAAUGCUGGUGCACAAACUCAGGCAUGACAGGCCAAGUGGGCGGUUUUCAAAAUCCGGAGGUAUGUCUGCAAGCGUUUCCUUCCUUUCUUAGUCCCCACUCCCUCCCCGCUCUUUUACUUGCACCAUCUUCCACGCGGUCUUUGACUUUCAUUCCUCGUUCUUUUCACCUAAACCGCACAGAAACGCUUGCUAUGCAGGCUAUAGCACUAAUAGUAAUCAUAGAUUGAUGAGAACAUUGCAGUGUGUUUCUUAGCUCCAGAUUAUCUUUUAUGCUAUCAAGCAGUAUUUCAAAGUAGGGAGCCUAAUACUUGUAGAUCAUGAAUUUUUUUUCAGUACAAAGUAAAUAUUCAGGGUAGGGUAAAAUGCAGACUCAGACUGUUCUCAUCUGCAUUUUACGCUGACUGGUAAACAUUCUUAACACGUCUUAGUCUCCGUCAGUGGUUGAUCAAAAUGUGAAUAUUCAACAGUUUUCUUCAGACAGUGUAAGUCAGGAUGUUACAAGUGGUGUCACUUGGUUAAGCUCUUAUGUCACGGAUUGUGAAGACACUUCAUGUGAGUGGUGCUACUCUGUCUUUUAUAAAGCUCAUCAUAUUUGAUAGUUAAAUAGGAAGCCAGUGAAGUUGGCCAUGCCAUUGGUUGUCUCCUGGUUAUUGAUUGGUUGUUAAGGUUCUAAAGUAAUGUAAUUUUAUACUUUGUUUCUGUAGUUUUUGUUUCAUCAGUAUAAAUUGUGCUUAAAACUGAAAUUGAAAUCCACCUUGAAUCAAAUACUUUUGGUCACAUGUGAUUGCUGCAAGCAUUUGCAGAAUCAAAUAUCAAGCACUCAUUCAGCUCAUCUCAACUAAUUUGUUAAUUACACAAAGGAUUCUAACAUCUAAUCACACUACCUCAGCUUUUCUCUGGUUCCUCCAUUUCCACCUUGUGACUUGAUCCUGAAUGAAAGUUCUUGGUUUCUUUCCCUGAGUUCCUUCCCAUGCCUUCUUUGACUGGUCUUCUGUUAAACGAUCUGCAUAUUGCUCAACUUUCUGCAAGGACAUCAUUGUUUAGUUUUGAUUAUCAAUCAUUCAAACAACCAAAGUGGUAAUUUUGUGGCUAAGACACUGACUUGAUAACUCAGUUUAAUAAACAUUUCUCUUUUGGUGUCAGGUUUUUCUUUCUGUCAAUUUCUUUUCGACAAGUUAAGUCAUCAUGUAAUCGGUCAUCUCUUGGUUAAGCUGUAAUGUUAAUGCAUGUGAAGACAUUAACCAUAGGUGGUGUGUUUUGAUCCAAAGUCAUGUAUAAUUUGUUCAUCAUAUCCUUCAAGUUUCUUGACACAGUUUAAGUCGCAAUGUCAUUAGUCAUUAACUGUUUCACCCAUAAUUUAUGUUAAUGCUUUCUAAGACUCUUAAGAAAUGUGAGUCGUGAUGUGUUUUGAUCUGUCUCAUGUAUUGUUUGUCACAUCUGUCAGCUCAGUUCUCUCAGUCUAUGAUGUCACUGUUUGUCUGUUACUAUUUGACUAUUUGUGUUCACAUUCCACCUUAAAUUGGGAUUGCACUCCUUCUUGACUGUGUCUGAUUGAUAACUCAUAAAACCAUUCACAAAAAUAAUUAUAAUAACCCAUUCAGGCCAUGAUUUCUAUUUUGUAAUUAUUUAAAAUAUACUUUGAUAAAAUUUAUAAAAUAUGUUAAAAUACUAGUAAGGAUAAAAAUUAAAAAACAUAAAUUAAUCUUGUUUUCAGUAAACCAAAAUUUUGCCAUCUUUUGAACUGUUUGAACUGUUUGCUCCAUUCCCUCCUCAUGACUGGAUCCUGAGUGAAUAUUCCUUGGUUUCUGGUCUUUGAUUCCUGCUCAUGCCUUCCUUAACCCAGUUUUCCAUCAAAGCAACUGCAUAAUGCUAAUCUUUCUGCAAGGAAACCAUUGUUAUUUUGGAUAUCAGUCACUAAAACAAUCAAAGAGGAGGUUUCGAGGCUAAAAUGCCAACUAAAUGAAGUUAAAUAAAAUAUCUCUUAUCACUAUGUUGUGUGGGAGUUCUUUUAUCUUGUGCUACAUUGUGGAUCCUUUCUCCUCUUAACAUGCUGUAUGAGAGUAGUUCCUCUGUCUUGUUACGUUGCGUGUUUUUUACCACAACAAAACAGUCUUUGUAAAAUUAAAUAAUGAAAAAAAAUGAUGUCUUAACGAUAAGAUUCACUUCAGUGACAACCACUGAAAGGUACCACAUUCUUCUUUAAAAUUUACUUAGUGUCAAAAUUAAACUUCAAUAAGCCACACUAUGCAAGAUGAAAUAGAAUCAGCAAUAUCAAAACAUCAAUAAAAACAAACCAUUUGGCAACAACCCUUUCAAUUAAUGGGUUAGAUGAAAUUGAGAGAGGAUCUAAUUUUUGGAAAAUAUUUAAUUCAAACUUAGUAAAAUACUCGGUGUAGAGUGAACGUUUAACGAGCACUGAAUAAUUUAUGUGAAUUGGUUGGAUGAAUUUAAAGAAGUUCAGGAUAGCGUGUUUUAGGGGACUAAAUUAAAUACAAAAUAAGACAGGGAACAAUAACAAUUAAAGUAAAGCUAAAGCCCAUGAACGAAGAGCAAAACUAAUAAAGCUGGCCCCAGUUUUUCAAAAGGUGGAUAAUGCUAUUGGUUGGUCAAGAAUUGGAAUCCAAUAUCUCUGAUAAAUGUCGAUGCUAAUUGGCAUCUGAAACUUUGGAAAACUAUUUAGAAAAUGUGCUUCCUGAAAUAAUUCAUUUUAAUGAAAACACGCUUGUUGGUAGUCAAUCUCACUUCCUUCCUUAAGGCCAUUGAGGGACGUUAUCCCAGGUGUGACUUUAACUCUCUCAACAUCAAGCAGCUAAUGGCGCAAUUCAGGCUAAAGCAGCUUGUGUGA